GUUAAUGUUUCAGAAUAGAGAAUAAAAUUUUAGAAUUUUUUGAUAUUUUGAAAGAAGUUUUAUGGAAAGGUAAACGAAAAACUAGUGCUUGAAACUUUGGAUCAACUGACGAUGACAUUCAGUGCGUUCUUUCACUGUUCACAUACAUGCUCCACCUCUGCCUCUGCAUCUCUGCCCAUCCUGAGUUACAGCAUUUCUGUCUCUCUUGAGUUUACAGUAAAUUUCUCUCUAUUGUCAGUAAACGUUCUGUCUGUCCUGUGUUACAAACUUACAAGUUACAAUAUGACUCGACAUGGAUCCAUACCUACAGGCAUAAAAUUUUUGCCUUUGACUGCCUAUCAAGGGAGUUGGCUGUGGCGCGGCAACCACCAGAGGUGGCAAUGAACGACUGGAACCAAUGCACAGAGGAUUGAGAGGAGACAGGAGAGCAACAGAAGAAAAAUGUGUUGCAGUCUUGCAGACAUAAUCAUAAUCCAGACAAAGCAUUUUCAGCUGGAGCUGGACAACUGGAGCUUUGGAAGUGCUUUUUUCCGUAAAUUGUACAAUUUUUAACAGGGUGUGCUGUGUAGACCGUACUGUCUGCAUGGGGUUCAACGAGUGAUUAGGGUCAACGAGUACAGUAAAUAUAUCAUAUCUAUAUCGGAAACGGCUUUUCAGGCUGCGAUGGAUUCCCUACCGAAACCAACAGCAAUGCAAAAGCUCCGACCAUACAAGCAGAAAUUUCAUCCACAUUUCACGCUGGACUUGCAAGCUGCCAUAGCUCAGCUUAAAGAAAAAGCCGAACGAGAAGAGGAAAGGAAGCAGCAAGUGAUUGGCUCGGCGGAGCCCAUGACCGCUUCGUUAAAUACCUGGUAUUUUGCUUCGUAUGAGCAUCCGGAAGCGCACCGCACGAUGGUGAACGACGCGGUUCGUACUGGAACUUUCGCGAUGGCCUUCGGCCGAAAUUAUCAUUUGUUCAAAGAUAAGACGGUUCUGGAUGUUGGCGCCGGAAGUGGCAUUUUAUCUGUCCUGGCCAUUAAAGAAGGGGGCGCCAAACACGCUUAUGCUGUAGAUGCCUGCGGAUUCAUUCACGAAGCGGAACUGCUGGUGCGGAACAAUAAAAUGGAAGACAAAAUUACCGUUAUCCACAAACGGAUCGAAGAUCUCCAGGAAUUUCCCGACGGGACGAAGGAAGUGGACGUCAUCGUGAGUGAAUGGAUGGGGCACGCCUUGUUCAAGGAGUCUAUGCUGGAUUCGGUCAUCGUGGCCCGGCAGCGAUUUCUGCGUUCUGGGGGCUUCAUUUUGCCGGAUGUGUUCGUGCUGAAAGUGGCUGGAUCGGCGUCUGCCCGGCACCCAGCGUUAAAUCCUGCGAACGGUAAAGCAGACCAUAGCGGAUUUUAUAAAAAUAAUUUUUCACGAAUUGAUCUCGGAAUGCGUGAGAUUUUAGCUGAAAAACUGGCUAAUUUGAUGAGAGAAGCGAUGGAUCAGGUGGAUUUGUCGUUUCUGCUUGAGGCCGAUGUCAGUUUCGCUACCAAUCGUACUGCAUCUUUCAAAAAGAUCAUAACCGAUCACGCAGAGUUGAAGACAGUGGAUAUGUACUACAUCCAGCAGGACGAAGUCAAAGUCGAUGCGGAUUUUAGAAUCGUCGCGCCCGCGCACGCGACUUUCUGCAGCUUCGUCUUCUACUUUGAUGCAUUCUUUGAUUUACCGAACGGAUGGUGCUUCUCCACCGGACCGCAGUCCCGUCCAACACACUGGAUGCAGACCGUGGCGUCGUUGCCAGCCCAUGAGCAAUUCGAGGUGUGGCGGGAUACGGUCAUCUCGGGCCACAUCCGGAUGGAGCGAAUUCCUGCUUUGACGCGAUUCUGGAGUAUUGCGAUCGAUUAUACGGUGACCUGGAAAAAACGUGCUCCUCUGAACCGGUCGCGUACUUUCUACCUGUUAUAAAUUUGAUUCUGUUACGUUCACAGUCGUUUGGUUUUAUGACAUAUAUAGCGUAAAUCUUAUGACCCAUUCAAUUGUUUUUUAACAAAAAUUGCUUCCUUCUCACAUCACUGACAGUGCCGGCAUUUUCUUGAGUUAAAGAUCUGUAACCAUCUGUUAAAGUUCCGAAUUGGAAAGUUAUACAUAGCAGGAUGUGUAAAUUCAACUGCAAAUGCCGUUCUAGC